AUGAAAUUAGUUAGCAAACACGUCGACAAACAUGGGGAGGGACACGUUACCCUUCGCCCAGAGGAUGAUGAAGAUAUGUGGCAUUUAUAUAAUCUCAUCCAACAAGGAGACUCCGUAAGAGCUCCAGCGAUAAGACGUGUACAGACGGUGUCUGCUACUGGAUCCACAGACUCACAUCGGGUUCGACUUAACCUAGCGCUACAAGUCGACAAAGUAGACUCUUCUAACGCGCAAGGGACAGCAUCUCUCGCAAUAUCUGGCCGCGUUACCAACGAAAACCCCCACGUUAAACUUGGGGCGCACCAUACAUUAGACAUCGAAGUGAAUCGCGACGUUCGAAUCGAGAAGGCGGAUGGCUGGGAUAGCAUAGCCCUAGCCCGUGUUCAAGAAGCAACCAUUCCGGGACGCGGAGCGGAGGUCGGAGCGGUAGUAUGUGGCGAGGGCACGGCGGCAUUCUGUCUCUUGUCGCAACACAUGACUAUCGUGGCCAACCGAAUAUCUAUGUCGAUACCUCGGAAAGCGGCGUAUUCGGGAACAUCACAACACGAGAAAGGGUUGACCAAGUUCUAUGCUGCUAUAUACGAGUCCUUCGUGCGACACAUACCAUACGCGGAUGUCAGCCUUCGGGCAAUCGUCUUCGCCAGCCCUGGGUGGGUUAGAGAUGCUGUUUACGAUUACAUGCUGAGUGAAGCGGCAAAGCGAGGGGACAAGCCAUUACAGAGGGCGCUGAAAGAUAAGACCUUCAAGGUCCAUGUCACCAGUCCCCAUGUCCACAGUCUGGUCGAAGUUCUGAAGAGUCCUGAGAUCGCAAAUCAACUGAAGGAUGCUAAGUUUGCUCGGGAGGGCAUAAUGCUCGAUAAAUUCUUUAAAAUGCUUGGAACAGACGAAAUGCGCGCGUGGUAUGGUCCAGACCAUGUUAGGCUUGCUGUUGACAGAGGGGCUGUUGGCACUCUACUCAUAUCGGACGACCUCUUUCGGGCAAGUGACCCAACUACGCGCAAAAAAUACGUUGCACUAGUAGAGGCGAUCCAGCAAAAGGGUGGUGAAGUUCUAAUAUUCUCGAGUAUGCAUGAAUCAGGGCAGCAAUUAAACCAAUUAACCGGGAUCGCCGCCAUCCUGACAUUUCCCCUAGACGUUGAGGUGGUGGAAGCGGAAGAGAGGGAAGCGGAAGAGCAAAGGAUGAAAGAGGAAAAUCCCGAACUCCAGGCUGGAUAA